AUGUGUUCCAGCUCCUUCUUCCUUCGCUCUGAGGCCAACGCCAGCCGCUCGUUCCGACUCCUCAGACGCUCCACGAGCCUGGAACAAACACAUGGUUCCGUCCCUUUCACUGAACACACGCCCUGCUGCAGCCCAGCCGCUCUCAGACCACCUCUUUUCAGGUACUGCCGCUCAAUAUCGACACACCCCCUGCGCCCCUCGACCACACCCCCCUGCGCCCCUCGACCACGGCCCCCUGCGCCCCUCGACCACACCCCCCUGCGCCCCUCGACCACGGCCCCCUGCGCCCCUCGACCACACCCCCCUGCGCCCCUCGACCACGGCCCCCUGCGCCCCUCGACCACGGCCCCCUGCGCCCCUCGACCACGGCCCCCUGCGCCCCUCGACCACGGUCCCCUGCGCCCCUCGACCACGGUCCCCUGCGCCCCUCGACCACGGUCCCCUGCGCCCCUCGACCACGGCCCCCUGCGCCCCUCGACCACGGUCCCCUGCGCCCCUCGACCACGGCCCCCUGCGCCCCUCGACCACGGUCCCCUGCGCCCCUCGACCACGGUCCCCUGCGCCCCUCGACCACGGUCCCCUGCGCCCCUCGACCACGGUCCCCUGCGCCCCUCGACCACGGUCCCCUGCGCCCCUCAACCACACCCCCUGCGCCCCUCGACCACGGUCUGGGGGCUUAUAUGA